AUAGCCUGAGUCGUUACGGCCCUUUACUCUAGAAUCGGCAUGUGCUCUGCACCUUGUCUGCAAGGUCCUGGAAGGCGGGGCCACGGCUCAUCUGUAUCCAGCAGUGUCACCCCCAUAUCGCAGGCGCUUGAUAAACAACUGAGUUGAGCACUUCUUUGCUGCGGCUGAUUUGGGGCAAGUCAUUUAUCCUCUUUUGAGUCCCAAUUUCCUCAUCUGUCAAAUUGGGGUAAUACUCCUGUUAUCACCAUAGGUUAUUGCGAAGAUUGAACUGAGUACGGAGCGGGGCUCCCUACCCCUGAGGCUCGCAACUCCACCACCCUGGGGUGCAGACAGCACUAGGGUUUGGACUCUGAAGGGAAUUCAGGUUGUGAGUUUUCAGUGAGGACAUUAAAGCCAUGUAUUCAGUCACUGUGCUGUUCCCACGUGUUUUCUUUUCAACACCACCAAGCGAGUCUCCAUUUCUCAGCAGAUGCUCCUGGGUGUCCUACAAUUUAACUCAACAUUGACACUACCUCCCCGGAGACGGCGUCAGAUCCCACAGGGCUCAGUCCCACAACACUGCCCCCACCCACUUCAGAUGCUAAUUGCAAGUCCAGGUUGUCACCUGUGCUGCUGAACAACCGGCUAUAGAUCAGAGCUUCCCACGGCCUUUUCCUCAGGUUCAAUUAAUUUGCUAGAGCAGCUCACAGAACCCAGAGAAACUUGCUAGAUUGCUGGUUUGUUAUAAAAGGAUGUAACUCAGGGACAGCCAGAUGAAGAGGUAUGUAGGGCAAGGUCUGGAAGGGUCCGGAGCACAGGAGCCUCUGUCCCCGGGGAACUGGGGUGCAUCACCCUCCCGGCAUGUGGAUGUGUUCACCAACCUGGGAGCUCUCCAAACCCCGUCCUUUAGGGGGUUUAUGGAGGGCUCAUUACACAGGCCCGAUUGAUUAAAUCAUUGGCCACUGGUGGCUGCACUCAGUCUCCAGCCCUUCUCCCUCCCUGGAGGUCAAGGGUGGGACUGAACGUUCCAACCCUCCAGUCACGUGGUUGGUUCCCCUGGUAACCAGCCCCACCCUCAGGUUUCCGAGGGGCUUCAGUAACAAGAUGUAAUAUUAACAUAACAAAAGAAACGAUUGCUUUGUCACCUGGAAAAUUCCUAGCGUUUUACAGGCUCAGUCCCAUAUAUUUCUUAUUAACAUCACACUAUCAUGGCUGUGAAGAGAAGUCUGAUUUCUGCCCGACUCACGAGGAGGUUGGCUGGGGGUGGGGGGGCAUCUGGCUCUGGCAUGCGUCACCACAGAGCGGCUCGGGACCCAGGAGUGGCAGUCUUUGCAGCCCUGAGCUCCCCCUCUGUACUCAGUGGCUACUCGGCGGGGACGCUGUGGCAGGUCUGCCGGGGCAGAGCACGUUCCUUCCAGUCUUCCUAAUUCAGAGCUAAUCGGAUUCUGACUGCGCCCCAGGCUCUCGGGGAGGAAUCUAAUAAAGCAGAGGAGGACAGCAUUUCUCAGUUCAGUACACUCUUCCUGUCAGAGUCGGCCCAAGGAUGAGAUUCCCGAGGGGGAGGUAGAUGCGUUCCCCGCCUUCUGGGAGCUCACAGGGCCCUGCAGCAGAGAGGCUCACAGGGCUUAACGUGAGGCAGGACACCGAGGGUCGUGGAGCAAAUCGACAGAGGCGGAAGAGGAGGAGCCGAGGUGUGAGGUGGAGGGGAUAACAACAGGCCGUGCUGCCAGAGCUGGGGAACUGGGAGCAUCUCUUCCGAGUGGACGUGGGAGGUGUGUUACACGGCCUGCCCCCCUUUUUAAAAAAUGAUGGAAUUGCCAACAGUUGUCAAAGGUGGCAGAGAGAACUGGGGGUAAAGACAGCCCAGUCCCCAGGAGGACAAGGCCAGGCCAGCUGGAAACUAGUUCUUGAGCAGCACAGGGUACAGGCAGUCGCCUCGGCAUAGAGCCGCCUCAGCAUGGACAGCCCUGCCCGCCCAGCACCUGCCCCUGCGGCCCUGCUUUACUAUGUGGCCUUCUCCCAGCUGCUGGGCCUGGCCGUGGUGGCCAUGACUGGCACCUGGCUCGGUGUGUACCGAGGAGGCAUCGCCUGGGAGAGCGCCCUGCAGUUCAACGUGCAUCCUCUCUGCAUGGUCAUAGGCCUGGUCUUCUUGCAGGGAGAUGCCCUGCUGGUUUACCGCGUCUUCAGGAAUGAGGCCAAACGCACCACCAAAGUUCUGCACGGGCUGCUGCACGUCUUCGCCUUCGUCAUCGCCCUGGUGGGCCUGGUGGCGGUGUUCGACUACCACAGGAAGGAAGGCUACGCCGACCUGUACAGCCUGCACAGCUGGUGUGGCAUUCUGGUCUUCGUCCUCUUCUUUGUGCAGUGGCUCAUGGGCUUUAGCUUCUUCCUGUUCCCCGGCGCGUCGUUUUCCCUGCGGAGCCGCUACCGGCCGCAGCACGUCUUCCUUGGCGGCGCCAUCUUCCUCCUCUCGGUGGGCACCGCCCUGCUGGGCCUGAAGGAGGCGCUGCUGUUCAAGCUCGGGACCAAGUACAGCAAGUUCGAGCCCGAGGGCGUCCUGGCCAACGUGCUGGGCCUGCUGCUGGCCGCCUUCGGCGCGGUCGUGCUCUACAUCCUGACCCGCGCCGACUGGAAGCGGCCCCUCCAGGCGGAAGAGCAAGCGCUCUCCAUGGACUUCAAGACGCUGACGGAGGGCGACAGCCCCAGCUCCCAGUGACGCGCGCCCCGUGCCAUCCCGUCCUGUCCCCCGAGGCGGUCUCCGCCGUUUCGGGGCCCCGACAGGUGUCUGUCCCGCACCCGCCGAGGCUCCGGGGGUGGGGAGCGGGGGUGGGGCAGCCCUCCUCCCUGAGCGCUGAUUUCCGGGGUUCAGGCCCCCUCCGCUUUCCCCUCCUCGCUGCUGCUGCUGCCGCCGCUGCCGUCGUGUUAAUCCUGCACAGACCCCCGCCCCCCUUGCCUCUGCCACCCCCGCAGAUGGAGCAGCUUUGGGUAGGGUUCUGGGCGGCUGGGCCUGGUCGCAGAAGCACAGAUCCUUAAAGGGGUUGGAGAAGGGGAGGCGGCUCCCCGCUCGGGGCAGCGGGGGCCUGGGCUGUGUCCGCGGAGAAGGCGGGGCUCAGAGCCGGGCCCGGCGAGGCCAAGACUUGCUUUGUGUGACGCCGAACUCCAACCAGGAGUGUUGCGGGCCCAGCCUUUGGCAGCGGAGCAAGUGAUAUUAUGUGUAAAAUAUUCUGGUGUCAGGGCAGGGUUCCCCAGGAGAGGGGAGGGACUGGCCCUUGGGAAGCUCUGGACGUGUGGCUUGGGCCCAGCUGCGCUCUGCAGCCUUCUCUUUCUUUAACCCCUUAGCCCCAGGGCGGCUUUCUUUGCCUUUGGGGCCCAGCAGCCCGAAGAAGAGACAGGAGGUGGGCCUCGGCGGGCGCUGCGGGCCGUAUGGCGCCUGCAGGGGCUCCCCUCCCCGCGGGGGCCGGCCUCGCGAGCCAGCUGCCCACCCUCGGAGCUCACUCAGGCGCUGCUCUGACAAGAGGCCCAGGACACAAGCCUUUUUGCUUUAAGCAAAAAGCUGCCGCUGUUGCCCCCUUUCCCUUUCCAUAGGGGGGGUAGGGGCUGCCUAAUCAGGAGGAAAGCCUCAUCCUCUCCUACCUGGGGCCCAUCUUUGCAGGAAGUUGGGACCAAGUCAGAAUCGGAUUAAUUCCCCCAACCCCAUGAGUGUAUAAUGCUGUUAGCUGAGUCACCGUUUGGCUUCUGUCUAGAAAUAACAUGAUUACAGCAUCGAUCUUGUGCUUCUUGGACUUGGUGAAUGCUCUCUCCUUGUUUUCCUCGUUUUCUGGGCUUUGAGGAGCAUGACACUGUUUGAGACAAGACACAGUUUACUUAAAUGAAGACAUUAAUAGAAUUUCCAAAUCUGACUACUGUUUUUUUUUUUUUUAACGGCUGCCUUUCUCACACCUAAAUGCUGCCUUCGAGAAAGGGAGCUUGUCUCCCCUAUUGCCCAGAUUUCUAGAACAGCUUUUGUGGUGGGUCCUGCCUCAGGCGAUGCUGCUUCUCAGAGCCGGUGGCUGUGUUGGGCGCCUUACCAGCAGGGCUCCCUGCUCCCUUCCGUGGGCAUUCCGGGCUCUGCUACAGCCCCAGCACCAGGGUGUCUCCGCACCCUGCUUAUAUCAUACGCUCCGCAAGGGCACGAGCUCCGGCAACUCUUUGAUCACCUGGUAUGGUCAUUGUUUACACGUGGGAAAACUCCACCUUAGACAAACUACAAGAGUACAGUUGUGUAUCUCCGUUGCCAGAAAGGCACAGAGAGAAAUGGAACCUUGGAUUUGCAAGAAAAGUCUAUAAACUGGCCUGUUUGCCAAAGCGUAUGCUGGACGAUUCAUGAGCCAAAAAGCCUCCCCCCCACCCCCAAGCUGUUCUGUGGUGGUUUAUUUUAUUUUGCCUGUGGCCAGUCUUCUAUGAAGUACAGUGUAGUGUUGGUACAACAGAUGAUUCAAUAAAUGUCUACAGCAGGUC